UUAAUCCAAUAAUUGCAGGAAUUUGACGUCUGUUGUGGGGGGGAGAGGCUGUAGUUUGACCGGCCGUGGAACGUGUUUAUGUUUUAUUCUCGUCCUUGGAUAGUAAGAGAAAAAUUCCUCCUGUCCAGAUUUCCGCCAACGCCCGACCCGAAGAUGGGUAGAAUAGCUCGAGGGAGUGAAAGUCCACGUGACGGAUUAAAGGGGUCCACGUCGGUGAAAUUUUCCUCUUUGUGGAUAAAAGGGCAAAGCGUGUCUGUUUAUCUGACCGUGGUCUCCACUCGUUCGUUCAUAGAACCGCUCAGUGAUAUCGAUUCGAACUGUCAGUGAUCUCCUAACUGACUCAAACUGAAAGGCAGAUCGAAUCGUUCAUAGGACGACUCACCGGCAGAUUGAUUCAUACCUUCUUCGAUUGAUCGACUCGUUCUUUUAUAGAUUCACUCACUCACUGAUCUGUUCGAACUUUCAGUGAUCGCCUCACUGACAUCGUAUCAAUCGGACAUAGAUUCUCUCACUGACUUAUCGAUUCGAAUUUCCCUUUUAGUUUUUACACUCAAGAUGACCGGUUUGGAAGUGCACAAGUUCAUUCAUUGAUCAUCUCAGUGAUUGGUCGACUCAGUCGUGUCAGUGAGCGAAUCUAUGACCGCCUGAUUCGAUCCGCCAGUGAGGCGAUCACUGAAAGUUCGCAUCGAUAAGUCAGUGAGCGGAUCUAUAAAAGAUAACAACAUACGAGUCAACUAACCAGUUCUAGGAUCUGCGAAUAAACGAAUCAACCAUUCAGUGAGCGCAUCUAUGAACGAACGAUUCGCCAAACCAGCUCGCGUACCAAUAAACUGAAGAGUCGACCAAACUAUGAGCAGAUCUAUGAACGAACGAGUCGACCAAACCGUGAGCCGUUCUAUGAAUGAACGAGUCGUCCAAUCAGAGAGCGGAUUUAUGAAUGUACGAGUCGAUCAAUUAGUGAGCGGAUCUAUGUGCGAACGAUUAGAACAAUCAUUUUGCAGAUUUAUGAAUGAACGAGUCGACCCACCAGCUGGCGUAUCUAUAAACGGAGGAGUCGACCAAACCGUGAGCCGUUCUAUGAACGAACGAGUCGUCCAAUCAGUGAGCGGAUCUAUGUGCGAACAAUUAGAACAACCAGUUCGUAGAUCUAUGAACGAACGGUUGGAACAAUCAUUUUGCAGAUCUAUGAAUGAACGAGUCGACCAACCAGCUCGCGAACCAAUAAACAGAGGAUUCUACCAAACCGUGAUCCGUUCAAUGAAUUAACGAGUCGUCCAAUCAGUGAGCGGAUCUGUGAAUGAACGAGUCGACCAACCAGCUCGCGUACCUCCAAACGGAAGAGUCGACCUAACCGUGAGCUAUGAAUGAACGAGUCGAUCAAUCAGUGAGCGGAUCUAUAAACGUUCAAAUCGAAGAGUGCGUCAACUAUUCUUCGAAUAUUCCGCGCAUCAGUGAGCCGGUUAAUGAACGACUCGCUAGUUGAACGAACCGUCGUGUGAUUGAGCUCCAAAAUUAUUCAGUACAUAUUCCCAUCGAAAUAUAAACAUUCCCCUAGCUUAUUCUAAAUCCGUCCAGGUCGUGUUACAACAUUUUUCCGCUCAAAUGAAAGUCGAUCCCCCUCCUCCCGGCGUAUUUUCUAUUUUCCAUAUUCCCUCCUCGUUUCAAUAUCGCAACCCCUUUCGAACGAUUUUCCCCAAUUUUGGAAAACAAUAACGGUAACACGGACGAGUUUCGGAGAACGUUGUGCUUUGGGGGGAGAGGGUGAAAUAAAUUCAUCUGGGCAGGGGUGAAAGUCGCCCCCAAAAGCUCUUGCUCAUCAUAUCGCACCCCGGACUGGAUAACAGGAGCAUACGAUGCAGUAUAAAGAGGUGGACAAUUGGUUUCUGAUGGGUUCGCCGAUCCCGAUCGUCGUCAUCCUCAGCGCCUACUUGUACUUCGUCCUUAAGCUCGGCCCCAAGAUAAUGGAGAAACGGAAACCGUUCGAGCUGAAGAUGGUCCUCGUCGGGUACAACCUCUACCAAGUCGUCUUCUCGUCCUGGGUCGUGAGCCAGGUUUUCGACCUAGACACGAUACGACACCUGUACAAAUUCGCUUGCGUGCCACAAGAGAGGCACUUGAACAAGUACAUCGAACUGAUGAACGUCAUGUCGUGGUGGUACUUCUUCUCCAAGGUGAUCGAGCUUUUGGACACGGUGUUUUUCGUCUUGAGGAAGAAGCAGAACCAAGUGAGCGUCCUUCACGUCUACCACCAUUCCAACAUGCUCGUCUCCACCUGGGCGUACCUCAAGUUCAUACGAGGCGAGCAGGCGAUUAUUCCGGGCUUGAUAAAUAGUUUCGUGCAUGUGGUUAUGUACAGCUACUACCUCCUGGCCGCUUUGGGCCCUUCGGUUCAGAAGUACCUCUGGUGGAAGAAGUACAUCACGAAACUGCAACUCGGCCAGUUCGUUGUAAUACUGAUCUACCUCAGCAGUCUCUUGGCGUUCGACUGCAACCUGCCGCGAGGCCUGACCAUCUACAUGAGCGCGACGACAGUCACAUUCCUCAUCCUCUUCCUCAACUUCUACCAGAAGAGCUACGCCGGGCAGGCGAAGAAGGUCGACUAGCACAUGUCUUAGAAUAAGAAAAAUUUUAAUUAACACAAAAAAAUUAUAUUUAAUAUUUACUUGUGAUUAUUUAUGUUAAAACAGUGUCUUUGUAUUUGGUUGUAAAUAUAUAGUUUUUUAUA